AUGCAAUUUGAGGACCCUAACUUUUUUUAUACGAUACAAGUUGAUGAAGAUGAUCUGAUAACUAACAUAUUCUGGUCUGAUGGAAAGAUGAAAGCAAAUUAUGCAAAUUUUGGAGAUGUUAUCUGCUUUGACACAACUUACAGGAAAAAUAAAGAAGGCCGACCAAUUGCAUUAUUUGUGGGUGUAAACCAUCAUAAGCAAACUACUAUUUUUGGUGCUGCUUUGUUAUAUGACGAAACUUCAAUGACUUUUGAGUGGUUAUUUGAUACUUUUACUAGAGCUAUGUCUGGGAAAAAGCCUAUGACAAUUCUCACAGACCAAGAUGCAGCAAUGGCUAAGGCAUUAGCUUCUAAAUGGCCUGACACACAUCAUCGCCUUUGUAUUUGGCACAUCUAUCAGAAUGCUGCCAUUCAUUUGAGUAGUGUUUUUACUGAAGUCAAAAGUUUUGCUCAUGAUUUUAGUACAUGCAUAUAUGAUUUCGAGGAAGAAGAAGAUUUUGUUGCAGAAUGGAACAGAAUGUUAGAAAAAUAUGAUCUUCAAAAUAAUGAUUGGUUGAAACAAUUAUUCGGAAUAAAGGAGAAGUGGGCAUUAAGGCUACUUGAAGAUCGCCGUUAUGAAGAGUUAAAAGCUGAUUUUAGGGCAAAUAUAAGCUUUUUAGUAUUACAGUAUCCUUGUGAGCUCUUGAAACAUGCAGCAAAUAUCUACACGCCUGAAGCUUUCAAGUGCUUUCAAACUGAAUGGUGCAAGUCUUUAGAUGCUAAAUUUCAUGAUUGUGGUGAAGUUGAAUCUGUGAGAAAUUGUAGAAAAUUUCAAUUUACUGGAAUUUUUUGUUCUCGUAUUUUGAAAGUUUUUAUGAUGAGAAAUAUUGUCAAGAUUCCAAGUGAAUACAUAUUAAAGAGAUGGACGCGCAAAGCAAAAACUGGAUUUUUUGGAGAUGAAGAUUCUACUGUUGACACCAACAAUUUAGAUCCUAAAUUGGUCUCAAGCAUGCGGCAUAGAGAAUUGUGCAGGAUAUAUGUUCAAUUAGCUACACGAGCAGCGGAAACAGAGGAAACAUACAAAAUUGCAAAAGAUAGUCUUCUUAAGAUGCUUGAAGAGGUGGAUGCAAAAUUACAGGAUGAAGUAGCCUCUCAAAAAUCAAAUGAAACUACUAAUCGCAUGAGCCAAUCCGGGAAAGCAGUUGGGGAAGAAAGUGGUAAUAAAAUCAAAGGGAUCAAAGCUAAGGCAAAAACUACUUCUGGUAAAAGGUUGAGAAGUAGUUUAGAAAAGGUUUCAAAUAAGAGAAAAUCAACAAAUAAAAGUCGAGGUGGAGCAAAAGUUACAACCUCAGGACCACCAUUAUCAUCAACACAGGCUGAUUCAAGUCAAUCAAUGAAUGUUGAAAAUUUAAAAAAGGAUGCACAACAUUCAAUUAGUGUGACUAGGUUACUGGAGGAACAACAAGCACGUGGCGUUGAAAGUUUAGUAAAGAACAACUUAGGGGAACAUAACAAUGUGAUUAGCUUUGCAAGUGUAAGUGAUGGCCGUGUUACUGAAACAACCGUUGCUGGUGUUAGAUGCAAUAACUACAGUGGCUGUCAAAUUCCAUGUCAAGGUGGCAUCUUAUGUUGGUGUCAAAUUCCAUGUCAAGGUGGCAACAAUGUUCAGGAUCUUUAA